ACAAAGCUAUAAUUCAUAAUCCCACAUUUUACUGUUACCGAUCAUCAUGGCGGGAAGCUUGUGUUGGUGCCAGUAGACAAACCUGAAGUAAGCCCAACAAGAUUUGAGGAUGUAUACCCGACGAAUAAUAUUUAUUGCGCAGCAUAGUCAAGCAAGUGGAGAGGUUGUGAAGACAGCUACCAAAAGUCUUCUGGCAGACUUUGAAAGCUCUGACUAUAGAGUGCUGGAGAUAUUUGUUCAUAUUUGCUGGGUUGAUGAAAACUUUGAGCAUGUACUACAUAAUUCCGACAAAGAUUGGCAGCAUUUACACACUGUAGAUGUAGACAAGGAUUUCGCCAGCGUGCAGCAAACUUCUGAGGCUAACAAUGCUAAGUUUGGGCCUACUUUACUGGCAGAUCAUCUUCAUAACUUGGCUGAUGGGUUGCCCUGUGCUGGUUGCCUGGUGGAUGUGAUCUUUGUACAACCAUUCAACACAAGCAGGGAGAUGAGUGUGAUGGUGCUAGGUGCUUGCUUGCGGCUGAAUAAGUGGCAUGGCGCACAAGUGACCCUUCUUGUGGCACGCAAGGAUGAAGAGAAUGACACAUGUCAGCUAUGGAAGACAGUUCUGCAUGCAGACAUCCAAAACACAGAGGAGCGUAUUUCAUUGAAGAUACCAGUCUGGCGAGGCACCAUCUCAAUUCAGGAUAUAAAAAGUGUCAUGCAGUCAGAGGUUUCUCUGGAGUGUCUUGACCUCAAGCAGAUGAAAAGAAAAAUGAACAGUCUCUUGGCACUUGAAAAGAAUUUCCUGACUGAGAAUGGAGAUGGGGGAGAAGCUGGUUGUACGCUGGUACUUGGGCCAACACUGGAAAUGCUGGCAUGUGUCAGCCUUGAUACUGUGCCUCUCUAUCUGCUGGAUUCCUUGACUCUUCGUGUUCAUGUGAAAGAAAACAGCCCUUUUGGAGCCUUACUCAGUUCCUUGUCUUACGCAGAGGGUGUGGUUGUCAAGCUGGGUGUUUUUGACGUGUCCUCUGUCCCACCAGCUGCAGCUCAAGGCCUGUCUACUAUGGCCUGGAAAGAGGCUGCUAGUAGUGGGUCUUACAAGACAGAGAGAGAGAAGAUUUUGAGCAAACACCAUCUAUUUCUGAUUGUAAGGGGCAGGUGGAGGGAGGCAGACCACUACACAGGCCUUACCCUUCGCUCACCUUCUGAGAUCAGUGCAAAACUCUUUGAAGAUUUGCACCUUUUAGCCUAUUUCCGCAGCAAAAUUGAAAAGGCAAGUACAGACACAAGGGAAGAGGUGGAGCCUCAGAUUCACACAUUCCUUGAUAACCUGCCUGCCAUCAGUGCUGAUCUCUUCAAAGAUGUUGACAACAUUUGGAUGAAAAUGGAUCUUGGGGAAGCAAAGGUGAAUACCACUGAACUGAGGCACAUUAUACAACUGGCCCAGGAUAUUCUCUUGAAGAAGGCUACACAGAUGUGGAAAGACACUUCACACAGUGAUGCCAGUUUAUCCCAGUCCCAUGUGUACUGUGACAUGAUCUGCGAGCCCAGCAAGUGGCCAGAACGAGCCAGGCUGAUGCAGGACGAGACAAAGACCAAAGUUUUGAGUCGUUACCAGUCCAGUGACAGCAUGACCACAUCCUCAUCACCGCUGUUUGUGGAUGAGUCUUCAGUGGAUGCUAAGGACAUGCCGCGCUGGUUCAGACCAGAUGGCAGUGCAAUUUGCGACACAUUCUCACCUGUUAAGGCUCUUGGCACUCAGCGAAAACUGUCCAGCAAGGAGGCAACAACUCUUCCAUGGCCAGAAUGCAAGGACGUUCAUUACCAUGAUGUUUUUUAUGAACAUGACAAGCACACAGAGAAACAAGAACACUUCUUCAAGAAGUUUCGUGAUGUCAUCAUGAUGGAGGAAUUUCACAGCUCCUUUGAUAACCAUCCACAUAUUCCUGCUGUAAGACGUCGUGCAGCAUCAGCACGAUCUUUUGUGGCCAGACCCAGGAUGCACAGAAAGGCAGAACUAAUGGAGGAGAGAAAACCUUGUACAAAUGUUGAUGGAGACAGUAAAGACAAUGUGAUAGGGACCAGUGGCAUACACCAUCUCCACAGAACAAGAAGCAAGUCGGCACUGCUGUCUUCUAACAGGAUAUCAACUUCGUCCUUGUGGCUACAACCUGCUAAAGGUACAAGGCACUUAAUGCACCAGGAACACCAUCAAAUUUCUUCCUCUGUCCCACAACCAAGAGAAGCGCCAGAUACUGUCAACAUUUUCAUUCCAUCCUCUGUGACGAAAACAUCUCAGAUGUCGGAAACUGUCCAUGUUUUCCCUCCAUCCUCUCUGCCACCACUGAAAAGGAAAAGGUCACAGGCAGAAGAUGCUGUCAAUAUUUUUGCUCCAUCCUCUCUGAGGAAAGUGCCUCGGACAACAGAAGAUGUCAACAUUUUCACCACGCCAAAGAUACUUCAUAGCAGUGGGGACAUCAGGGAGGGACAGGAGAACUCUGGGCGGCAAGAGCUUCGAUCACAGAGACAUCAGCGAAAGCUGGAGGAAGUUUUGACCAGAGUGCUGCAAGAAGCUGGUGUUUCUUCUAGCGACCUCAUCUACUCUUCAUGUUUCCAAAAGCUUUGCCAAGUUACAAAAUUUUAUGUCAAGCAACUGCCCAACUCCAAGAAUUUAAAGAAUGAAAUGAGGAACAUUGCACUUAAACAGGUUGAGCAGGUGGUUGAUUUGGAAAGGCGACGCCAAGAUCUUGCCAUGAAGAAAAAGUUGCGUCCAUCCACUAUUCUGUGUCAAUAACCAGUUUCGUUUAAAUGUUUGUUGCAAAUAAAACUGUUGUUUACUUUGUGAA